UAUGAACCACCAUUAAUGCGAAGAAACCCAUGUACGGAAGCUGCCAAUGAAUCAUAAAAAGGAGAGAAAACAAUUCAAAAUUUGGACUCUGUAGCACAUUUUAAAAACAUUUUCAGAUUGUCGAAGUUCAUUGUAAAUUAUGGAGCAAUACAGGGAUAGUGAUAUAUUCCAGCAACUACUUGGUAUGAACUUAGUGCCAAGAAAAAGUGGCACACACCGAUACAACGACACGUCUCUUGCGGACUUCGCAGAAAUGUGGUAUGGAAUUUUUCUAUGGGCAGCAGUCUCCUCUCUGAUCUUCCACCUGCCUGCAUCUCUGCUAUCGUUUGUUGCACUUAGGCAGCACAAAAUGGCCCGAUUGAUGCCCAUUGCCAUCCUCUUAAUGGGCAUUGUUGGACCUGUAGGCGGAGGAGUCCUCACCAGUGCAGCUAUAGCAGGAGUUUACAAGGCUGCAGGGAAGAGGAUGAUCUCUCUCGAGGCUUUAGUUUUUGGCGUGGGACAGUCAUUCUUGAUCGUUGUUAUUUCCUUCCUGCGAGUGCUUGCCACCCUUUAGUAGCACCAAUACUAUAUGGCUGACCUCGUCACUAAUCGCAACUUGCUUGGACAGAUUGAUAUGCGAACGGCCUUGGAUGUGAUGUGGAUUGACGAGUCCAAGGGUGGAUUUGCUUCUGCUAAAACAAUGUAGAUAGAAAACUAAAAUUAAAAAAUAUGUAGUGUAAGAGCUGUACUACAUAAUACUACUUUUGGCUACAAUGUGGUCGAUGCCAAGAAUGAAGGCUGUAAGACUGUUUGCGUUACAACAUCCACCAAUCAGGAAUGUUUGUAUUUUACAAAAUUGACAUCACAUUGAGCUAUUCUAGGGUGAUUUUUCUUUCAGUAUACAUUCUAAAGACUACUGUGAACCAAGUUUUAUUCACAACCAACAUUUAUAAAUGAUAAAAUAAGUGCAUAAGUUCCUUGUAUGUUGUAGGGGAAAACUGCUGGGUCACAGGUUACCUACUUUGCUUCGGUGGAGUUUCAUCAAGGUGUAAAGAUCAAUAUGAUUUAGAAGUGUAACUUUUUAACCACUUUCCUGUAUAAUCUGAGAGUAGCAGGCUACCCUCUAUCAGCAGAAUUUAAUCUUAGCAACAUGUAGUGUCUUGAUAGUGAAGCCAAUUCCCUCAGGAAUUGUUGAGAUGUUAAUUUUGGUUUCGUCAUCAAUAGGGUUUAUUUUUUGUAACUCCUUGUGUUAAAUAUGCUUCACUACAAUGUCGUCUUCAAAAUGUCAUGCAGGAGUUUUUUUUUUUAUUUAUAUCCAAGUGGUUAAUAAAGGAGACAUGACCAAUUUGA